AUGACAACGAUAACUACCCCAAAAUUAACAAGUCUCUUGCUCGAAGAAUUAUACAAUCUAUAUAAAAAUGCUGAUGAUUACAAUGUCACAAUAAAAGUUGGACGAAAUGAAAAUGCUCGAGUUUUUAAAGCACAUUCUUUCAUUCUACGUGCUCGUUCGCCGUUUUUCGAAGCUGCAUUAUCUCAAAACUGGGCUCACAGAGAUAAUAAUGAUAAGGAUAUGUUCUUGUUGGAAAAACCAAACAUACAUCCAGAAAUUUUCGAAAAAAUCAUAGAAUAUUUAUAUACCGCUAAAAUUUCAUUGCCAGCAGAAAAUAAAGACAGUCAUUUGGAUAUUCUCGUUGCUGCCGAUGAAUUAAUUCUCACAGAUCUGGUCAAUCAUAUCCAAGAGAACAUCAUCCAAGAGCGACAAGAUUGGAUCAAUAAUAAUGUCCUUCAAGUUUUUCAUGUCUCGUCAAAAAUCGAGUCUUGUCGACAACUUUGUGAAAUUUGUCUCGAAAUUUUUGCGUCAAAUCCCAAAGCACUAUUCGAUUCGUCACAUUUUUUCUCAGUGACAAAAGAUCAGUUGAUUUCUUUAUUGAGGCGCAAUGAUUUAAGAAUGGAAGAAAUUGAAAUUUGGGAUUAUAUUAUCAAAUGGGGAAUAGGUCAACUCGAUAAUUUGGAACGUGAUAAUUUCGAAAAUUGGACCGUGGAAGAAAAGCGAUUAUUGACAGAUACAUUAAAGGAUACAAUUACACACAUUCGCUUCUUUCAGAUAUCAAGCAAAGAUUACCUAUACAAAAUACUUCCGUAUAAAAAGAUUCUUCCCGCUCAAAUCAAAAAGGAUUUGCAAAUCUACCAUCUUGCACCAGACACCAAAAUCCAAACAAUCAUUCUUCCUCCGAGAAUUGGACUAAAAUUUCCAGAACCAGAUUUGAUCACUGCAAAACAAGCCGCUCUUAUCGCUAGUUGGAUUGACAAACGAGGUGACGUUUAUCAAUUAAGUAUGGUCCCCUACACCUUCAAAUCCUUGCUAAACGGAGGUUGCGAAGGAAUCAAUCCUGAAGAAUUUCUUUUGCAUUGCGCGGGCAAAACACAUAUUUGCAUCUUCUUCAAAAUUCUUGGGUCUCAACAAGCUAUCGGUGGGUAUAAUCCUUUGGGGUGGUCGUUUAGCGGGUAUUACAAGAAAUCGAAAUAUUGUUUUCUAUUUUCCUUCCAUAAUGAAAAUGCUGUUCUUAGUCGAAUUGAUCCUGAUUCUAAUGCUAUCAGUGAUCCCGUUUAUGAAGAUAGAGGAUUGGCUGGCUUUUGUAGUGAUUUAAAUAUUUUCACACAAACAACAAAACAAGAGUCUUAUAUGAGAACCAUAUAUCAUCAAUUUUCAUUUCAAAUAGAAAAAUUUGGAAUAUUUCAGGUGAUUCAGGGAUAA